ACCUGGGCAGGAGGCGCCUCUCCUCUCCGGUUUAAGGAAGCAGGAAAAGGUGGCCCUCUGCGAAGACAGGUCUGCGGAGCGGUGGCAGUGCCCCGGCCAGGAUGGGCUCUCUCUGGGGUCUGCUUCUGCCCCUUUUCUUUUUCUGCUGGGAGGCUGGGGUCUCUGGGAGCGCUGCAGGCCCUGGCACCGGCAGACCAGAAACUGCGGUGACAGCAGACGCCACAGAAGUGCCUGCGAUGACUCCAGGCGCCGGGACCAGCUCGGAGGGAGCGCUCCAGACCCCUGGCCUCACUGAGACCUCAGCACCCAGCCACGCUGCUUCGGAAACUCACACAAUGAGCACUGAGACCUCUUCUAGGACCUCAGUCCCAGCCAGCCCCAUUCCAGUAGCAGAGACCAGGGGAAUCAAGACCAUUUCGCCUGCAACAGGGACCAGGAUCGUCACAAAAAUCAUACCUCCCGACGUGGUGGUGGUGAUCGCCACCUCCAUGGAGACAUCAGUCACCAGCGGCAGCCCCGAGGGGGCUGGGACAACCACCCUUGAGACCGUCACAGGUGGUGAUCCCGAGGACCCCGUGUUUGACACCCUUUGCACCGACGACAGCUCUGAAGAAGCAAAGACACUCACUGUUGCCCUGUUGCCACUGGCUCGCGCCUCCGCAGACGCUGAGGGCCUGUCGUCAGGGAGCAGCGCCUCUUCCCACAGCUCCCAGCCGGUCACCACCACCUCAUGGACCUGGGCAUCUGACGUCACUGUCCUCACUGAAGCGCUGGUGACCGUCACCCACAUGGAGGUUAUCAACUGCAGCAUCACAGAAAUAGAAACAGCCACUUCCAUCAUCCCUGGGGCCUCAGACACAGACCACGUCCCCACAGGAGCAGUGAGGGCCUCGCCCACCUCCCAUCUACCAGCUCUGCCCGACUCCACUGCCACAGAACCACACCUCACGGAGGCCACGGCCUCUGCUGAGACCCCGUCAACAGCUGGCGCCACAGAGUCAGCCACACCUGAUGCCACAGUUAAGACCCUACUCCCCACCAGCAGUGCCGCAGAAAGAGAAGUGACGGCACCCAGGGCCUUGACGCUCGGGGGGACUCUGGUGACCGUCAGCGGGAACCCCUUGGAAGAGCCCUCAGCCCUCUCUGCUGAGACACCUAGUUAUGUCAGAGGCUCCGGGGCAGCUUCGGUUUCCACAGAGGCCGGGUCAGCAGUGGACAAAACGAUGUCCUUUGCUGGGGCCCCUGCUUCAGCCCAUAGCCCCUUGGCAGCAGCCACCCCCCAGAACCUCACCCCUUCGGAGACCACCGCGGACUUCACAGCCACGGGGCCCUUCCCUGGCAGCAGGGACCCUCUUCCUUCUGUCCAUCUGACCACAGCCAGCAGCAGCCCGGGAACCAACAGCACCUCGGCCAAGACCCCGAUGGAGCCCCCAACAGCCACGUCCCCCACUGCUCGGACGGGGCAGACCACAAACGUUAGCCCAGGUGAAAAUGUAGGUUUCCUCCUCCUGCGGCUGAGUGUGGCCUCCCUGGAAGACCUCACUGACCCCAGAGUGGCAGAGAGCCUGGUGCAGCAGGUCCGCCGUGAACUCCACGCCCACGUGCCUCUCCUCCAAGUCUCCUUGCUGCGCGUCAGGAGAGGCUAGCGGACAUCAGCUGCAACCAGGCAUGUUUCAUAUGCCAAAAGAGGGGGCUGCCUGGGCCCCCACCAGCAGACCGGAGCUGCGUUGCUGUGUGGAGAGGUACCCAGAAGUUUCUCAUGAAGGGCAGCUGGCCCAAGCCCCUCACCCCAGAUGUGGCAACAGGACCCUAGCUCCCGUAUACUGGAGUACAUGUGUCGGGAGGGGGGCUUCGCCUGUUCCCACAGGUGUCCUUGGACUCACCUUGGCACAUGUUCUGUGUUUCAGUAAAGAGAGACCUGAUCACCCAUCUGUGUGCUUCCAUCCUGCCUUAAACUUCACUCAGUAUGGCCC